CUGAAGUUUUUAAGUGGUGUCAAACAGGAUCUCAAAGGUGUCAUAUUUACCUUUUAAGGGAUUUUGUACUAAAACCAGCCAAAGGAGGAGAGAGCCUCUCUUUCCAGAGGAAGAGGGAGCUGUUUGGCUUCCUAAGGGUUAAGAUGAAGGAAAGGGUUCCUAGAGAGGUAAAAACAAUGGAGGAAGAGGAGGAGAAGAGGCUGUUCUUCCUCCCAGGCAGGUCUCCUACUCUCCUCUUCCAGAGGAAGCGUGGAUCAUCUUCCCAGCCAGGAUCUGGAGGACUUGGUGUUGCCAGUCUUUUCCCUCGAUGGAGGAUCUGGCAGCAGGAAAAAGAGCCUCUUUGGCGACCUUGGAAGCUGUCUAGGAUGACAAGGAAAAGAUGGAAAUGCAAGGCUCAGCUGGUGCUGAGUUAGGAAAAAACCUUCUACAUCUCCCAGCUCGGAGCAGUGGGGAAUUUUGCAGAGCAACCACACAGAAAAGACUAGCAGAAGAUAUGUCCCAUUUAGAGGUACAGUGGGAGCAUUUUAGGCAGCUCUGCUACAAAGAGGACCAAGGGCCCCGAGAGGUUUGCAGCCGACUCCACUCUCUCUGCCAUCAGUGGCUGAGGCCAGAGAGACACACCAAGGCUCAGAUCCUGGACCUGGUGAUCCUGGAGCAGUUUCUGGCUGUCCUUCCCCCAGAGAUGUCAAGCUGGGUCAGGGAAUGUGGGGCAGAGACCAGUUCCCAGGCAGUGGCCCUGGCUGAAGGCUUCCUCCUGAGUCAGGCAGAGGAGAAGAAGCAGGAAGAGCAGCAGGGGCUCGUUGUAGAAGAGGCUGGUGACUUUCCUGUGGCAGAGAAGGCUCUCUCAGAUUAUGGAAAGAGAGUCAGGUGCAGGUGGAUUGGACAGCAGAAUGAGAGAAGCACGACUAAAAUAGGUAACCAAACACAGCCAUGGCCAACAUGUCGAAGCUCAUCUCUUACUGUCGAUGCACUGAGAACAGCGUCUGUGAGCCCAGAUCAGGUUACCUUAGAGGAAGUGGCUGUGUAUUUUAGUGAGGAGGAGUGGGCCCUGCUGAAUCCAGACCAAAGGGCCUUGCAUAGGGAAGUCAUGGAGGAGAAUUUGGAGAUGGUGGCCUCCCUAGGUAACCAAACACAGCCAUGGCCAACAUGUCGAAGCUCAUCUCUUACUGUCGAUGCACUGAGAACAGCUUCUGUGAGCCCAGAUCAGGUUACCUUAGAGGAAGUGGCUGUGUAUUUUAGUGAGGAGGAGUGGGCCCUGCUGAAUCCAGACCAAAGGGCCCUGCAUAGGGAAGUCAUGGAGGAAAAUUUGGAGAUGGUGGCCUCCCUAGGAUUGACAUCGUUGGUACAGCCACUGGAUGUGUGCUUAAACAAGCCAUUUAAAGAUCACAUUCGAGAACAGUGGAAUGAAUGGAUGGUUUGCAGUGAAAAGUCAUUCACAAAAGGAGGAAACAUGCAUGCUCCACAGUUAGAUGUUUUGUGCAAGUUUGUCAUAAAAGCCUGGAAUGAUAUUGAUGCAGAAAUAGUAAUUAAGUCUUUCAAGAAGUGUGGCAUAUCAAAUUCAUUUGAUGGUACGGAGGAUGACUACUUGUGGCAAGAUGAAAAGGAAGUCAAAGCUGAGACCACACCAUCUGAUAUGGGAUUCGAUCCAUACGAUGACUGUCUUACAAGUGUUUCACAAGAUCUCAUUGAUGUAUUUAUGGUAUCAGAUGACGAACAGGAGGAUUUUGAAGGCUUUCCUGUAGAAACACCAUAGCUUGCAGUUAUGAUGGGCAUUGCUAACUCACCAGGGACUUGCCCAGCACUUGCUCU